AUAUCUGUUGCCUCCCAGACACACUUGCAAGAAGAUGGAGAACAAGUAGCUGGGACUCAAACUGGCACUCUGAUUCAUGUAUCUCAAGUAGUUGCUUAACCAACUGCAUUUAUUGCCCAUCUUACCACCUGCUCUCUUGAGACCAAGAGAAUAUCCAAAGAUUUCAGUUAUGUCUACAGUCAAGAAAUUGAAGAACUACAUUUACACAAACUUAUGAAAAUGGAACUAAAUUAUAUGUUUUACUUAAUAUUACCUCUAGGUCACGAUUUUCUAAGAAAUAGAACUUUUUUUGUUAGUGAAAAUAUCUCACUGCUUUCUUUUCAGAUUCAUUCUGAAGAGGAUUGAUAAAGCUGUAUAAGAAAGUAGAUAAGGUCGCACUUCCAUCCUUCGGUGCAGUGUGGAAGGCAGUUCCCCCAGGUCGCCGCAAUGACCACCGCCAUCCUGGAGCGCCUGAGCACCCUGUCUGUGAGCGGGCAGCAGCUGCGCCGCCUGCCCAAGAUCUUGGAAGAUGGGCUUCCCAAGAUGCCUUGCACCGUGCCAGAGACAGACGUGCCUCAGCUCUUCCGUGAGCCUUACAUCCGUGCUGGAUACCGGCCGACGGGACACGAGUGGCGCUACUAUUUUUUCAGCCUCUUUCAGAAACACAACGAGGUGGUCAACGUCUGGACCCACUUGCUGGCGGCCCUGGCUGUCCUCUUGCGCUUCUGGGCCUUCACUGAGGCCGAGGCCUUGCCAUGGACCUCUCCCCACUCCCUGCCCCUGCUCCUCUUCUUCCUGUCCUCAAUCACUUACCUCACCUGCAGCUUGCUGGCCCACCUGCUGCAGUCCAAGUCGGAACUCUCACACUACACCUUCUAUUUUGUGGACUACGUUGGUGUGAGCGUGUACCAGUAUGGCAGCGCCUUGGCCCACUUCUUCUACAGCUCCGACCAGGCCUGGUACGAGCGAUUCUGGCUUUUCUUCCUCCCUGCGGCUGCCUUUUGUGGCUGGUUAUCUUGUGCGGGCUGUUGCUAUGCCAAGUACCGUUACCGGCGGCCUUAUCCUGUCAUGAGGAAGAUCUGCCAGGUGGUGCCGGCAGGGCUGGCUUUCGUCCUAGACAUCAGCCCUGUGGCGCAUCGGGUGGCCCUUUGCCACCUAGCCGGCUGCCAGGAACAAGCAGCCUGGUACCACACCCUCCAGAUCCUCUUCUUUCUGAUCAGCGCCUACUUCUUUUCCUGCCCGGUACCUGAGAAGUAUUUUCCGGGUGCCUGUGACAUCGUGGGCCAUGGGCACCAGAUCUUUCAUGCAUUUCUGUCCAUCUGCACACUCUCCCAGCUGGAGGCCAUCCUCCUGGAUUACCAGGGGCGGCAGGAGAUCUUCCUGCAACGCCACGGGCCUCUGUCUGUCUACACGGCCUGUCUCUCCUUUUUCUUCCUGGCAGCCUGCAGUGCUGCCACCGCAGCCCUCCUGAGGCAUAAAGUCAAGACCAGACUGACCAAGAAAGAGACCUGAAGCAUGCAGGCAGGGCAAAGUGUGGAGGAGGCCCCCUGGAGAUUUGGAGAAAACUUUAUCCAACAGUAGAAAUGGACUUUUUAUUUUUUAACAAUUGGCUUUUAACACAAUGAGUGUUUCCAAGGAUAUUCCAUGGCUCCAUGAUUUGAAGGCAGAAGCAGUCAAGAGCUUUGCAGUCAUGAAUAAAAGGAAUAUUGUUUUUUUCUGGGUUACAGCCUUACAAAGAAGGGAGAUGAUCUUAGCCAAGAUGAAUGGGACACUGAUUUAAGGAGAACCAUCUUCAUGCCUGAAAUUUUUGGAGAAUCUUGAAUAUUGUUUCCAGAGGCAAGGCAUAAGGCUGAGCACGUGAUAAAAUUGGACUGGAAAGUAAGUAGGUGGCAGUUCCUCAUUAUGUUGCAAUGGCCAUCCUACUAUGGCAGUGUUUUUGUCAGUGAAAUUGUCCCAAGAAUCUUUUUUUCAUUUGGCUUUCAGAUUGCCUAGGGUGGAAAACAGAAUCUUGAAGAUGAAGGUAAAACCGUUAGACUCAAUGCAACCUGCAUUUCAUCUGAUUCCUGGCCCCCUCCUCUCCUGUCCACUGUAACGGUGAUUCUUUUCUCAGGAUAACAGCUGUCUGCCUGCUUUGUCUAAAGUGCUGUUCACACCACAUUUUCUUUGCAUGGUAGCAUCAAAGAUUAUGAAUCAGUUAUAAUUUCAGGAAAUGCAUGGAGCCAUGUGGGGAAUCAGGAAGCUUGUUCUCAUAUAAUACUAACGUACACAGUACUAGAAAACACAGUGCCAAGAACCACCAGGAAGCCCAGCCCAGGAGCACGAAUACUGUUGGGUGUCGUGGCACUCUGCUGCUUCCUGCCUGUGGGCUACAGGGCUGCCUGAGCGACAUUAGGGCUGCCUUACAGAACAGGUAUCUGGGAGUUGUUCAGGGGAAUUUUCUUCAGAUUAGAUUGGCAUGUUUAAGAAGUCUUUGGUAAAUUGGUCCUAAAGCCCUGGGGGUCUGCUUAUUUCAAGAGGAACCCAUUGUCCAACUUCCCACACAACGCUGCUCUAUGAAGAAACCAUGUAAAGACCCAGUUGAGGGACCUCAGGCACGUAGUCCUGAACGCUGGGAAUCAUCAAGCACGUGUGUUCACUGUGAAGUGGUCCCUGGAGUCUCCUUUGGGUGAGACUGUGUGGACCAGGUAUCCUAUAGCUGAAAUGCUCUGAUUGGAAAGUUGCUGCUCAGCAUCUUCUGUGAGAUGGGAGGUGCUCGCCGUCCGUGGUCCUGCCGCACGGCGCUCUCUGAGGAGUGACUUCUGCACUAAUCCAGUCAAGGAGACUGUCAGGGAUGGCUGGAAAGAGUCCUGAGACUGCAACUGUCCUAUCGGGAUAAGGUUCCCUACUUGCUAAAGAGGAAAGUGGUUUAACUCCAUUUCAAUGAAUUUAAUCAGUUGCUAGGUUACAAUUUCUCACUUCAAAUUUUUGUUUCUUAGCUUUCUGUGAGAGGUUUGUGAGUUUUGUGCCUUAUAAAUGGAAAUGUAUUAACACUUCACUCAAUGUAUGUGCAUGUGGGAUUUUUCUGCUCUGAGUUAUUGAGGUAAGAAAAUAAUUCAUUGCUGAUAGGCCAGUGAAUGCAAGAAAUUUCAGAAAGCUAGAUUCGCGUAUCAGUCAAGACUGUCAAAAAAGGGGGUGGGGAGGAACAUUUCAACUCAAUCUAUCAUAUAAUCUUUAGAUCAAGAAAGCAUGUGUCUUGUGAACUACAUUGUUUUUCAAGUGCAUUUCUCUUGUUAAUCCUCAAGUAUGUGAACUUCUGCGCUACUCUAGUGUCUCGUAGCCAAACUCACAGUAAAUCAAAUUAGCAAACUGAACUGGGUGGAACUGAACAAGGCAGUGGGGAUGUUGUGCAAAUGCACUGCAAGUGGAGGGGCAGUGAAGAUGGAAACUGAAAGUAUUUGAAAUUUUUAUAAUUGAAAGAUUAGUCUUUUAAAAGGGAGUGAACUGAAGAGAAGUGAGGAGGAUGUGACUCAAGCUCUGUGGUGGUAUUGGUAGACUUAGGUUUUCAAGCCAAAUAGAUUUUUUUUGAAAGAACAGGAAGUAGAGCAGUGAACCUCAAAUAUGUCCACAGACCAAUGCUAGUCUACAUAUACUAAUGGCCUAUGGCACGAUAAGAGAUGAAAGAGGCACUAAACUUGGAGUUAAUUGUUAUAUAAUUUUUAUUUUUAUGUAUGCAACUUGGCACUGAAACAAUUUGAAAUUAUUUUUAAAAACACUUUUGUAAGAGAUAUUUGAGAAGUGAAGCAUUAAGGUAGGGGACCAUAACAUGCUUUCAAAAUAGUAUAGCAUAGGGGCCAGCACUUUGGCAUUGAGGGUAAAACCUCUGCAUGCAGUGCCAGCAUCCGAUGUGCAUACCGGUUUGAGUCCCAGCUGCUCCACUUCUGAUCCCACUGCCUGUUAAUGUGCCUUGAAGAGCAGUUGGUAGAUGGCUCAGGUGCUUUGGCCCUUGCACUUACAUGAGAGAUCCAGAGGAAGCUGCAGACUCCUGUCUUCAGUGUGACAGCCCCAGCCAUUGCUGCCAUUUCAGGAGAAAACCAGCUGAUCAAAGAUCUCUCUGUCCUUCUCUGUCUCUUUCUUUCCCUAUGUAACUCUGAUUUUAGCAUAAAUAAUAUAAAUCUGAACAAAAAAUACACGUGUAUCAUUAGAAAUAUAUCAACACGGGAAAUCCUGGUGUGCUUAAGUAAUCAGACUUUUGAGGAAUUAAAUAUUCUUUUUAAAGUGUUUUCAUGGAAAUAAACAUAUUAGUAAAGAAUGAGCCUAGAUAGUUUAGAGAGGACUAAUUAGGAAUUGCAAGAAGGAAAUUGCUCUCACUCUAACCACUCUGACAGUUGACAUUUACUGGAAAUUCUACUGGUUGUCUUUCCCUCUGAAUUGAUCUUAAUUGAUCUUCAAACCUCAAAGUGUAAAUGCCUCUAGAAAUAAGUAAACUAUCAUUCAUGUACAUUUUAAUGUGAGUAAGAGUUCAGAUUUGUAUGAAGCGCUACUCAAGGUGGAGAGAAGGGAGCAAUGGCCAUAGUAAACCAGGGAUAGAGUUGCCUGGUUCCUUCCUGCCGAGUUCUUCCUAACUUGUAUUUACUGAUGAGCUAAUAUUAAUGUUCUUAAGAUGUUAGGGUUUCAUCCCACUUGAUGACAAGCAUUCUCAAGAGUCAUCCACUGGAACUUUGAAAUCGUCAAGUGUCAUCUACUGCAGGUAGGCGCUCAGAGUAGGCGCUCAGAGCCUUGGAAUGAAGGAAGUUCCUUCCACCUCUGUGCCCCACCCGUGCACAGAGAGUACCUGAAUGCUUGAAGACAUUAACAUCUUUGGUUGUUAUGCUGCAGUUCCAGAUAGAUUCUAAAGAUGAUGUCCAUGUGCUAGUCAAAGAAGGCGCAGCCGUGUCAUCAGGGUGUCUGCCUAAUGUACUGGUCUUGUGUUCUGAUUGACUGCUUGGCAAAGAAAAAAGUGGAAUUGUUUUCUGUCUAUAUAAAUCUAUUCACACAAAUAACCAUUAAACGAUUUUAUAUAUGGAUUAUUAUGGUGUCAGGAGUUUAAAGAAACAGCUUUCUUGGGGUUUUUUAGGACAACGCUCUUGACAAGAGUUACCGUGACAAGAUUCAUCCUAAAGAAAAGUUUUGUUUAGAAAAAUACCGUCAGAAGGUGGUCAUCACAUAAGGGAAAGAAGUUCAAAAGCUUAAAAACAUUUACCCAUAGCCAGAUCCCCAAAACACACACUCUGUCUCUCACAGACACUCCUAAUCCCUACAGAGGAGUAGGACAGAUUGCCCCAUAAAUGAAAUAGAGUUAAUUUCUCUGGGUAUUUUAACCUAAUUAAAGGAAUACUCUAGUUUUGUGGACAUUGGAGAUUCCAAAAAAUUUGUAUCAAUAGAUUGCAUUUGCUGAAAUCUGGACAUGAAUUUGUAUAGGUCUGCUAUGUGACAGGUACUAUAAUGUAUGUUAUAAAAUGUGGCAUCUUUCCACCAAAUAACUUUAUGGUGAUAAGUAUUGUAUUUAAAUAUUUACAUAAAAGGUGAUUUCCUAGGUUACUGUAGCUUCAGGUUUAGCACCAUCACAAUAACUAAGAAAAUGGCAUUUCUGUAGCUGGGGCUUCCAACUGGUACAAUUAUGAAUGUCCUUCUCGUCCAAAACUUUUAGUCACCAGCAGUGGCACCAUGCAGUUUGCAAACGCUUCUGAUGUCGGUGGUACUGGUAUAACCCUUCUGCAGAUAUUGGUUCAUCAAAAUGUAUUGAACACCCACCCAUUGGUAAGAGGUGUCAUGUUGUCUCUGAAGCUAUUACGGUGAAGCAAAAUGAAAGCCCUGUAAGCAGAGUCUAGAAUUUGUUAGUUGCCUGGCAUCUUCCCUUGACACCAUGAAAAUAUCCUCUCUUCCAGAGGGCUGAGAAAGCAUCUUCUUUGGGCCCCAGAAACUUUCAGAAGGAUUGAAAGGAUUCCUUUUUCCUCCCCAGAGGCUAGAACCAUCACCCACACUAGCAAGGCAGACACCUUACAAGUACCUUGACCUCUUGUUAUGCCUGCUGCUUCUCCAGGUCUCCUCAUUGCUCUUUAAAUUCACUACUGGGAUCCUUCACACAUCCAGGCAGAAAGGAUCCCUAGAUUUCCAUGAUCAUUAUAGAUUUACCAGAUGCAUAAAGUCUCAUCCUUCAGGGAGGGGAUGUGGGGUUCUAAUCUGAGUAAAAAUUCCUGAUUUGAUAGAUUGUAAUCUGGCUGCCUCCUUUAAAAACUCAUCUUGGGACUAGUGUUGUGGUGUGUUGGAUUAAACCAGUGCCUGUAACACUAGCAUACCAUAUGGGGGCUAGCUUAAGUCCCGGCUACUACACUUCUGAUCCAGCACCCUGAUAAUGUGACUGGGACAGCAGCGAAAGAUGACCUAAAUGCCUGGGAUCCUGCCACCCACAUGGGAAACUCAGAUGAAGUUCUGUGUUCCUGGUUUCAGCCUGGUCCAGUCCCAGCUGUUGAAGCCAUUUGGGGAGUAAACCAGCAGAUAGAAGAUCUCUCUCCCUCUUUCUCUGACUAUCUUUUCAAUAAAUAAAUCAACAUUUAAAAAAAAAAGGCACUAUCCUUUAUGGAUUCUGUAUAAAUAAAUUUAAUAUGCAAGAAAAAUUGCAUUGAAAAAUUCGUUUAAAUAUUAACUUUUAGAGCAUGUCUAUCUAAAAUAAGGGUCUUCCUUACUUAAUAGAUUCUCAAAGGAGGAGGUGUUAACUGCAUUGAAGUGCCAACUCCCAGUCCAAUUCCAGCAGGCGUGAGCAUUUGGCGAAUAAACCAGCAGAAGGGGUAAUCCAGUUUCUCUGUCUCUGCCUUCCAAACAAGAAAAUGUUAGGUAAACAGCGGAAAUAUAACAAAAACUGUUGCUGAUUAUUUCUCCUUUGAAAGUAAUAUGUAUUUAUUAAGGAAAAUACAGGAAACUGGAAAAGCCUUUAUGGUCCCAUCUCUAAAAGAAAAUCAAUUUUAGGAGAAAGUUAAGGUCUUACCAAAAUAUUGUCAAUGAUAAAAGGUAAAGUGACAAUGUCAUGCCAAUUUUCUUAAAAAAAAAUGAGGACUAGAAAUUUUAAGCACUUACUCUAUAAAAAUACAAAAUCAAAAAGACUUUGGCUUUGUUUACAACAAUACUGAAAUUGUUGCUUUACACUGCCUUCUGACCUUGCAUAAAGUAGCUCAUUUGAUGAUGCCAUGACUGAGCUAGCAGCUCAGGAAACAGAGCUAGUGAUGCGUGAUCUCUCCUGCUGAGAGAGUUGUGUGAAAUGUGUCUACUGAGUUAAAGCUUCAGAGUCAACGUCUCAGAGUGUGGUGCUACAGAGGCCUUCACUGCAGGCAAGGCCUUGCAACUGAACUGAUGAGUACUAAGCUCACUGAUAAUCAUUUGACAAACAGCAACAUUAAGUACAGGCACCUAGCCUAACCACCUGGAAUGCCUGUUGUUAUGGAGGACAAAUAAGCCAAAUGAAUUAAACAGAUGAUAUAUAUAAAUUAGAAGAUGUUGAUAAUGAGUAGAACUAGAGACAAGAAGGAGGGAUAGGCUGGAAGGGUGGGGUGAACAUAGAACUGGAGAAAACUUGGAGAAGCCAAGGAACCAGCUAUGUUUCUCUCCCUGCAGGGAAGAAGUUCAAGGUCUCCAUGGCUAAAGCAGGCCAGGAAUGAUGAGAACUGCAAGAGCAGGAAACAGGAGAACAGACAAGGAAGACAGAUUGGAGAGGCCUUGGAAGAACUCUGGCUUCUAUUAUAGCUUCAAAGAGUGGCAAACUGCAAGAAUUCUG